GGACUUCUCGCCAUUAACACUGGUGGCUUCUCGUGCUUAACAUACUCAAUCUCUUUCGUAGGAAAGCAUGAUGCAAAUCAUCCUGCUGCUUAGCGUUGUGGCGCUAUCUGCUGCACGUCCUGAUGUUUCCCACGUAAUCAAUGGGGUGCCAUCUUUUGACUAUGGCGUACCACUUAUUGGAGCUCCAAAUGCCUUCAAUCAAGUCACGGCAUCACCAAAGCUCUACUCUUCAGCUACGCAGAAUCUCUUGGCGCGGCUGACAAAGGAGGAUGUGACAGGCUAUGACUACCCCAAGCCUACGAUACCCUUUGACCUUCCAGCACCAAGUUCAGUGUCCAUUGUGCAGACAAAUUUGGAUGAGAAUAGACAGUAUUUGCCACCAGUUGCUGAAACUCGUGUCUCUACGACUGUGGUCCCCAUAUCUACGACUGCAAAGUAUCUUCCACCUCGGGUAGCUGCUGCAUCCACCCCCAGACCACUUCUUGCCAAUCGUGACUACUUGCCUCCUCUUCGUCCAGCAGCAUCAGCUGUUAGCCCAAGGGUUGUUAAUCGUGACUACUUACCCCCUGUCACAACGGAAAAGCGUGUUUCCACCACAACAUACGUCCCUCCAGUAACUUCUGAGACUCGCAUCUCUUCAGCUGCAUACCUUCCACCGGCAACAGCUGAGACUCGCAUCUCAACCACAACGUAUGUUCCAGCACGCCCUGCUGUAAUCUACAAUCGUACACCAAUCCCAGCUGCUGCAUCUCCCGUUCCUGUAACAGUGGCAGCCGAAGAGACCACUGGGUAUGAUUAUCCCAAACCCACGGUGAAGUUCGAUUUACCCAGCCCAAGUCCCACAAAUGAUGCACCUGUUGUUGUCCCAUCAACAUCCCGCGAGUACCUUCCACCAGUUGCACCAUCCGUGCCAAUACCUUCACCAUCAGCUCCACCACUAAUUCUCAUUCCAAGUUCAACGACACAACAGACGGUGAUCUCUUCAACACAACCCGACCUACCACCAGCACCGGAAGUCAUCCUACCAAGUCACACACUCGACGAGGAUGGCUACAAAUAUCGCAUACCAGACAAACCCUUCAACUUCUAAGCACCACACAAGAGAUUAUUCCGAUGGGAAGAAAUUUUAUUUUACUCAUUGAGUUGUGAAAUUUUAGGGGUUGUUUUUCUGUGCGCUACAAUACACCGCAACAGCUAUUACUUUUAUCGCUAUGUCACAACUAUACAAUGUACAUAGUGCUGUAUAUUUGUAUGUAAAUAAAGGCUAUUUGGAAAAAAAAACAUUCAAACGAAAGAAAAAAAAACUCUUUUUAUGAGAAAUAAAUUAAAUUAAUUAGUUCUUGAAAUGAGAAGGUAAAAAAUAAA